AUGCCGAGUUUCGCCCGUCCACCACCAACCCCCCAAUAUGCCCUGCUGUCCUUCCCAGCUCCGCACGUCCUCCUAGUAACUCUCAACCGACCUAGAGACCUGAACUGCAUCAAUUCACAGGGCAAUGCAGAGCUGCAUGAAGUGUGGGAGUGGAUGGACGACGAGCCCAGUCUGCGAGUCGGCAUUCUGACCGGCAAAGGGAGAGCUUUUUGCGCGGGAGCUGAUUUGAAAGAAUGGAACAACUGCACCCAAUCAUCAACCUCCAAAUCCCCCAUGCCAACCUCCGGCUUUGGCGGUCUAUCCCGCCGCAAGGGCCGCAAGCCCGUCCUCUGCGCCGUGAACGGUCUCUGCUUCGGUGGCGGCGCCGAAAUGAUGAUCAACUCCGAUCUAGUCAUCGCCUCCUCUCGCGCUGCCCUGGGUCUCCCCGAGGUGAAGCGCGGAGUCGUCGCACUCGCAGGUGCCCUGCCCCGUCUGGUCCGAACAGUAGGCAAACAGCGCGCCAUGGAGAUGGCUCUGACGGGCCGGCCAUACACCGCUGAACAAGCUGAGCGGUGGGGAUUGAUCAACGAAAUUGUCAAUGUGGAUGAUUGCGUUGGCGCUGGUGGCAAGGUCGAUGAUGAUGCGGUGUCGAAGAAGGUGGUUGAGCGGGCGGUGCAGGUUGCGUCUGAGAUUGCGGGAAAUAGUCCUGAUGCGGUGCUGGUUAGUCGGGAGGGGGUUAAGUUGGGAUGGGAGGGCAUUGGGGCUGAGGAGGGGACGGUUAUGUUGAAUGAUACUUGGGUGCGGCGGUUGUAUGAAGGGGAGAAUAUUAAGGAGGGGCUUAAGGCUUUUGUUGAGAAGAGGAAGCCUGAUUGGAAGGAUAGUAAGCUGUAA